AUGCCGCGAUUUGCCAAAGUAGAGGGGAUUCCCGUGCCGCUCGCCGACCCAGAGCAGAGCAUGGAAGCCUCGCAAAUCGGACCCCACGAGACCCCGUCGGUGGCCGUUGACAAGACGGGGCCCCGCCCUCGCGUGCGUCGGCAUGUCGCUGCACUUCCUGGCCCCGCCCCGCCCGCCGUCCCCGCCUUCACCAAGACCGUCCGGUCCACCAUGGCCAAAAACGGCGGCGAGUUCAUCCUGCACUUUUAUACCCCCAAGGGCUACGAGAACAAGUUCCUGCACCGCAACCGCCUGUUCCCCGCCGUCAUUAAUUUUCACGGCGGCGGCUUCACCCUCGGCAACGCCACCGACGAUGCCCGCUUCGCCCGCUUCGCUCUCCCCGAGCACCCGUUCCCCGUCGCCGUGGAUGAUGGUGCCGACGCCAUCCUCUACGUUGUGGAAAACGCCGCCGACCUGCACAUAAAUCCCAUGCUGCUCGCCACCUCGGGCUUCUCCGCCGGCGGCAACCUGGCCGUGACUUGCCCGAUGCGCUUGGUCAAGCACAUGAAGUCCAUCCACGACCCCGAACGCCAGGUUCCCGGCCACCGCAUCGUCGCCAGCGCUUUAUGGUACCCCAUCACCGACUAUACCUUGACCCGCGCCGAGCGUCGCGCGAGCUCCUCGCGCCCUGACCAGGCUCUGCCCCCGUACCUCACAGAUCUCUUUGACCAAUCCUAUCUCUACCCACCCGAUCUCGAUCUCGCGGACCCUUACCUCUCCCCUCCCGCGCGACCGACGAGAUGCUCAUUGACGGCGCUUGGCGCCGAGCCCAUCAACAAGGAGAUCCAUUACAAGAUGAUCAAGGGCGUGACUCACGGCUGGGACAAGAGCCCGAACCCCAUGUCCGUCGCGGAUCAGUCCGAGGAGCUGUAUAAAGAGUGCUGCGGGAAGCUAAAGGCCAUCUUCAUGAAGGAAGUACAUCGCGUUGAUGGAGCCCUACCUCUCGGUUGA